UUAUCAGAAACAAGGUCACACCCAUGAGAUAAGAUUUCUGAUUUAUUGUCUAUAUAUAUACACUUGCAGAAAAUAUUUUCUCACUUUGUUAACUGCUAACGUGGACUUGUUUGAUCAUUCCGGAAUACAAGUGAUAAAAAAUGACUUCGCUUCCAUCUACAUUAAAGCACCUGUUUAGCUAUAUUGAUGAUCAUAAAACAGAGUAUAUAAAUAAUUUGAAAGAAGCAAUAGCUAUAAAAUCUGUAUCAGCUUGGCCAGACCAUAGAAAUGAAAUAAUUAAAAUGAUGAAAUGGGCAGAAGUGAGAUUGAAAAAUCUUGGAGCCACAACAGAAUUGGCGGAUGUAGGGAAACAAACUCUUCCAGAUGGGAAUGUAAUUCCUCUUCCACCUGUUUUGUUAGGGACUCUUGGUUCUGAUUCUAAAAAGAAGACCGUUCUCAUAUAUGGGCAUUUAGACGUUCAGCCUGCAUUAAAAGAAGAUGGUUGGGAUACUGAGCCAUUUACUCUUGUUGAGAGAAAUGGCAAGUUAUUUGGGCGGGGAAGUACAGAUGACAAAGGUCCUGUACUUUGUUGGAUUCAUGCAUUACAGGCUUACAAAGCCAUUGGAAUUGAUAUUCCUGUUAAUCUCAAGUUUGUUUUUGAGGGUAUGGAAGAAAGUGGUAGUGAAGGCUUAGAUGAACUUCUUUGGGCACGAAAAGAUACAUUCUUGCAAGGUGUAGAUUAUGUGUGCAUAUCUGAUAAUUAUUGGUUGGGUACCAAAAAACCUUGUAUUACUUAUGGUUUAAGAGGUAUCUGUUAUUUCCAAGUGGAAGUGACUUGUGCUAUUAAAGAUCUGCAUAGUGGCACAUUCGGUGGAACUUUGCAUGAGGCAAUGGCAGAUUUGAUAUAUUUGUUAAAUACACUAGUGGACGUAAAUGGAAAAAUUUUGAUAGAUGGUAUCUAUAAUAAUGUUGUUGACAUUCUGAAAAAGGAAAUAGAAUCCUAUGAAACAAUAGAAUUUGAUGUUACUGAAUUCAAAAAUUCUAUUGGAACUAAUAAAUUAGCUCAUAAUGAAGAUAAAAUUCAAUUGUUGAUGCAUCGGUGGAGACAACCCAGUUUGUCUCUUCAUGGAAUAGAGGGAGCAUUUAGCGAACCAGGUGCAAAAACUGUUAUUCCAGGAAAAGUUACUGGUAAAUUUUCAAUUAGAAUAGUACCAAACAUGACACCAGAAGAUACUGUAGAAAAAGUAACAGCAUACUUAAACGAAAAAUGGGCCGCUAGAGGUAGUCCAAAUAAAUUCAAUGUCAGUAUGUGUCAUGGAGGAAAAACCUGGUCUGAAAAUCCUGAUCAUCCAAAUUAUGUAGCUGGUCGGAAAGCUACUAAACAUGUUUAUGAUGUAGAGCCUGAUCUAUCACGCGAAGGAGGUUCAAUUCCAGUUACAUUAACAUUCCAAGAAGUAACAGGCAAAAACGUAUUACUUUUACCAGUUGGUGCUGGUGAUGAUGGUGCACAUUCUCAGAACGAGAAAGUAGAUCUUCGUAACUAUAUUGGAGGCACUAAAUUACUUGGAGCUUAUUUGUACGAGGUAGCGCAACUUUAACAUACGAAUGUAUUGGAGACAUAAUCAGUAUUGGUUUUAUGGGUGUAUUCAAAAACUUAUCUUUUUACCGUAUGAUAUAUAAAUAACGUAUAAAAAAAUACAUAUGUAUAAAUAAAAAUUUGAAGGGAAAGGAAGUAAACAAAUGCCAUUUUACUUA